AUGACCUCCACACGCCCUAUCGCCCUCACAACCACUUUCACUCCCCCGCCAGCAUGUACUACCAACACAUGGUUUAUUGAAUAUGUUUCCGGCACCAAUUAUUACACCGAAAUCAUAACCGGGUCCGAUACCAGCUGGUGGCUAAGCUUGGGGCCUACUGAGACAGGCACUUGCUAUCCUUCCGGCUACCAGGCCAGCACAGAAACCUACUUUUCGCCGGGGAUAUGUCCUGAGGGAUACUGGACCGCAGCCCAGACCGUUGUGACAGACGAUGGUGACUCUGAGACGCGAGGAACUUGUUGUCCCAAUAACUAUGUUGCCCAAACCGAGACAAAUUUAGCCUGGUACACACAUAAUGCAUGCACCUCCUAUAAUCCAAAUCCCAGUCAAAAGUGGACCUUCACCAAAGCCGAGACGAUAUCAAGCACAACGAGGGCCGACGGAAUCAACGCGCAGGGGAUUUCAAUCCGUUGGAAGGCGACAGACUUUCCUGACAAAACCACCACUUCCGAUAUAUCCACUGUAUCUACAACUAGCGUAGUAUUUACUGCCCCGACGGCGACGAACGAAGUAACACAAACCACUGGCAGUGGGAAGGGUCUUUCUACGGGUGCGAAAGCCGGGAUUGUCGUCGGUGCAGCAACUUGUGUCCUCUCAUUGAUUGCUGUUGCCAUUUUGCUUUGUAUAAGGCGGCGCCAAAACCAGAGAACAGGGCGGCAAAAUGAAAAGGUUCAGGGAAAUGGAGGGAUAUCAUACGAGAUGUCUACGAAUGCACAGAAACCAGCUGAGCUGGGUUCCCGAUAUGUGUCACUUGCAGAGCUGCAGUCUGAUCAGAAGCAUCGAGCUGAGCUUGAGACUCCUGGGAUGUACGGAAUAGCAGAGCUUGACACGGGCCAGUAUCCAAGACGGAGUCCAAUUUUGGAUUUCAAGUGA